UAAAUCAAAACAUUCUGUCACAUCAAAAGAUUCUGUCACAUCAAAGGAUUGAGCCAACCAUAUAAGUAGACCACAGAAUCUGUGUAUCUGCAUUCAGCUCUCAGCAAGUCAGUCAGUGCACAACGACAGUGAAGCUAAACUGAAGUGAGAACAUAAAACGUUCUUCGUGGGCGCAAGUGGAACAAACUGCAACAAAGUAAGCAGCAGUGAAAACAGACCUGUUACUCUGUAUAACAAUAAUUCAGGAACUGAAGACCUGAUGACGGAAGCCCAAAAGGAGGUCCAGAAACCAGCUGAGUACAGCAAAGUCACAAAGGACUCAGGUGACGCGGUCACACUGGAAGCAGGUGAAAUGAAUUCUUUGAAGGUUAUAGUUUCAGACGUCCCUCUGCUGAAGCAAGAGAAGUCUGAAAACAACAGCCAGAAGGAAGGCAUGCCCAGAAAAUCCAGAAAAUCAAAAGACAAAUCAGUGACUCGCAUUGUAUUUGGGUUACCCCUGAUGCACACCCAGCAGGGCAUGAGUAAGAGCUCACAGUUUGCAGAGAUCCCUGAAGAAUUUAAAAUAUUCUUCCAGCCAGAGCCUCCCAGAAGGAGGAAAUUCCAGGCUGCCGCAGGUCCCAGACCCCACGUUGCUGCAGGUCCCAGACCCCACAAUGCCGCAGGUCCCAGACCUCAGGCUGCUGCAGGACCCAGACCCCAGGCUGCCGCAGGUCCCAGACCUCAGGCUGGGGCAGGACCCAGACCUCAGGCUGUCGCAGGUCCCAGACCUCAGGUUGCCGCAGGUCCCAGACCCCACGCUGCUGCAGAUCCCAGACCCCACAAUGCCGCAGGUCCCAGACCCCAGGCUGCUGCAGAUCCCAGACCCCACACUACCGCAGGUCCCAGACCUCAGGCUGCCGCAGGUCCCAGACCUCAGGCUGGGGCAGGACCCAGACCCCAGGCUGCCGCAGGUCCCAGACCUCAGGCUGCCGCAGGACCCAGACCCCACGCUGCCGCAGGUCCCAGACCUCAGGCUGCUGCAGGACCCAGAUCCCAGGUUGCCACAGGUCCCAGACCCCAGGCUGCUGCAGGACCCAGAUCCCAGGUUGCCACAGGUCCCAGACCCCAGCCUGUCUUGCCUUCAGAACCACAGCCAUCCACAUCCUCUGUUGCCAGGACCUGUGACUUAGUGGGAGAAAAAAUCUUGGGCGAAAAUGGAGGACAGACAGCACAGCUAGAAGCAGAAAAGGCUGUCUUGCUCCAAGAAACAGACCAGCUGAAAGCAAUGCUUGAAACUGGGGAAAAGGAGCUUGAAAAAAUAAAGGCAGCUCUUCAUCAAGAAGUAACUGAAAAAGACGGGAUCUACACCGGUGGUUCACUGACAAUUGAACAACUGGAAGCAGCUGUCAAAAGUGAAAAAGAACAAAAAAUUAAGACAGAGAAGCUGUUGGCACAACAGAGUGAUGAAAAUAGGACUCUUAAAGAUGAGCUGGCCCAGGCCCAAAAGAAAGUUGAGGAGGAAAAACAUCAGAGGGAGGAGGACAUGUCACGUCUCCUGGCUGAGCACAGCAAAAUAACCUCAAUGAUGAGAGCAGCAGAAAUGAAGGCCCAGGAAGACCUCAAAAAUGAAAGAUCACAAUGGCUCCAGGAAAGAUCCUCCAUCCAGGCAGCUCUAAGAUCACUACAGGAGUCCAUGGACAAGAAUAUGGAGGAGAAAGACAAAUUUAUAGCUGAUGUAAUGAGCAAAGUCAAUCAUUUAGAGAAGCCUCAGGAGGAGGCUCAGACAAAAAAAAAGAAGAGAUCUUUGUGGAAGAGAUUUUGCCAGCUAUUUAAAAGAUCCUGAAGGAUCCCAUAAAUUUCUCUACCACCGAGCUAACAACUAGCCCCAACUGGUCACGGCAGAUGACCGCCCCUCCCUGAGCCUGGUUCUGCCGAAGGUUUCUUCCUGUAAAAAGGGAGUUUUUCCUUCCCACCGUCGCCAAGUGCUUGC